CCACAGACAUCCUAGAUUCAAGGAUGACGACAACCAGGGUCAUGGUAUAUAUGGGAUGCAUGUUUGUAGUAUUCAUCAUUUCUUUGAGCCCUGGGCAAGCAUUUUUCUUGCCAUCCUGCCGACCGCCUGAGGCUGCAACUUCAGCUCCAGGGAUACUAGCGGACACGAUGAGCGGCAAUGUGUGUCUACCUCUGCGACAGCCGCAACCGAGAUGCAAUCGAUUAAACAGGCUCUUCAUGGGCCGUCGCGCAGCUAAGAACGCCGCUCGUAAAGGGAAAUCGGACGCUCUGAAAACGAAGGUCUAUGCCACGUACGGAAAGAAACUGGUGAUGGCCGUGAAAGCAGGAGGGCCCGACCCGGAGGUGAACCGGGCGUUGGCAGUCAUGAUCCGGGAGGCCAAGGCCCAGGGCGUGCCCAGCGACAACGUCCAGCGCGCCAUCCAGCGAGGGAGCAACGCCAAUGAAGCGGAUUAUAAAGAGGCGGUGUACGAGGCGUACGGGUACGGGGGCGCGGGCCUGAUCAUCAACUGCUUGACAGAUAACACGAACCGGGCUAAGACUGAGAUCAGCAACGUCAUCAAGAAGACCGACGUAAAACUGGCGACGUCAGGAUCGGUGGCCUUCAAUUUCGACAGAAAGGGUCGCAUCGAUUUGGCGGGGAUUGUGGAGGAAGACGCCGUCUUGGAGGCGGCGCUGGAGGCCGACGUGGAGGACGUGGACACGCGCGUGAACGAGGAGGAGGGCGUCACGAGCGUGCUGGUGGACCCGGCCAGUGUGAGUAGCCUGAGGGAGGUCUUCCUGGGGAAGGGGAGGGAGAUCAAGGCCUCGUUGAUGGUGAACGUGCCCAAGCUCCUGAUGGACUGUUCGGACGAGGACUUCGAGGGGAACAUGAGCGUGAUCGAGGCGCUGGAAGAGCUGGAUGAUGUGGACAGUGUCGAGCACAACGUGGCCAUGGACGAGGGAGAAGAAGGCGCAUGAGAUAUCUUCCGCGCAUGCCCCAGGCAGGGGUCGUGGUGGAUGGGCGGGGGAGUGACAAGGUCUGUCUGUCAGGAUCGACGCGCGCGGUGGGAGGCGCUUUGGCUUCGCAUACUAGUCGAGGAUGCAUUACGAAACAAAAACAAAGCAUGCAGGAUUUA